AUGGCGGAAUUGCCGCCAGUGGAUGAUGAGGGCCCAGAAUUUUCGGCCACCUGCCACCAAUCGUUACCCAUGUCUCAUGUGACGCCCCGUCGUGGAAGAGAUGUUCCAAAGAUGGACCUGGAAAAGCUAUCAGAUCCAAAGGAUGAAAACCCCAACAAAUUUCAAUGCUGCAAGCUUGGGUGUGUCAAUGCCUUCCUUUCCAGCAAAGCCCGGUCUGAGUAUCUAGAUGACACAUUGCAGAAACUAUCCAACAUGAAUGAGGAAGAGAGCAAUGCGUUUCUCCUUGGACUCCUUGGGAAAUGUGAGAAGGUAAACUCACGUUUCAAGUACAUGCUUGGUGGCUUUGGCGUGUGCCUACAAGGGUUUUGUUCAUUGCUUCGCAUCAACAAGAAGCGGGUAAACAGAUUGACUUCGUCGGGUGGUAUUGAGCUGAACCAGAUUCCGGUUGACAAACGGAAGUUCAAUGGACCCAAGGAUUUCCACAAGUCCCAAUCGGCUGAUGCCUUUUUCAACCACUACUACCACAAUGUGGCGGAAACAUUGGCAGAGACCCCGGCAGUGGAAGAUGAUCCUUAUGUGGCACGCCUCCAUAUUUCUGGUGAGUUCGUGCCAGGACCGGUGACGGACGAGGCACCUCGGAGCCUCUUUGGAUUGGAGCCACAGCUUUGUGACAGGACCUGUGCCAAGGAGAAUGUGGUGACUGGGUCCGGCUUUGGUGGCUUGAUGGGUGGGAAUAGUGCACUGCAACCCCGGCAUGUUCACCACAUGACCAUGGAAGCGUGGUACCAUAUCUAUGUCGGGUGGUGUGACCAGGGUGAAGUACCAGAGGCAGAUCGUGCCAGCAACCGUACUUUUCGGAAUGUCUAUGACCACACAUGGAAGUCUGCUUUGCCUAUGAGGGAGAUCUCACAACAUGCCAGGUGCUCCCAGUGUGCACACUUCAGUGCUCGGAUUGGACAUGCCCAUUCGGCAAAUGAGAAGGCAGCCUUGGAAUAUGCCCAGAAGAUCCACUUGUCGAAUGUGAAGGCGUACCGGACACUCCAGUGCCGACUUGCGACACUGAGUGAACAAUCAACAGUUCCAGGUGCUACUGAAAGUUGUUUGAUGAUCGCCAUUGAUGGUCUUGACCAGGCCAAAACGAGGUACCCACGGAAUUUGCGUUCAUCGAAAACCCUUGACAAAUGCUGGAGACCCCAAGUUCACCUGAUUGGAUACAUCUGCUACGGGGUAUGUGAAGGCUUCUUUGUGGUUGACUCGGAUCUUCCCCAGGACAGCAGCUGUGAGAUCACAGUUCUUGAGACGGUGUUGGACAUUUGUCAAAAGAUCCUUCAGUCCAGAGGAUGUGAGAUGCCAGCCCAUCUGAUUAUCGAGACCGAUAAUACCUGCAAAGAGGGAAAGAAUGCCAUCGUAGCGCGCUGGAGCAGUCUAGCUGUUGCAAAGCACAAGUUUGCCAGUGUGUCGCACGUCUUCGGGGAGGUUGGACACACCCACGGUCCAGUGGACCAAAGGCUGAGCAUAGCUGUGACGGCGUUCAGCAAUGAGGAUACUAUCCAGUCACCUGAAGAUUUCUUGAAGAUCUUGGACACGAAGGUUUCUCCGGUGAAGGGGCGGGAAAUGAUCAACAUGAUGCUUCCAGGAACUUGGAACUACAAGUUGUGGCUGGACCAGUUGGGAGUGCAAAUAUCAGGGCUUACCCCCAAUGCCAGAGCUCGCAAUGGAGAUGAACUCCGGGUCAACCAUUCUUGGAGGUUCAUUCGUCGGUGUGAUCUUCCAAGCUAUGACCAACGGACGGGUGAGUCAUGGGCGCCGAUUGAACUUGAAGGGAAGGAUGCCACCUACGCUCCACAUGGUGAUGAUGUCAUUUUCCUUGCCAAAGAGCUGGUGAACAGUGACCAUCUUUCCCAACAGCCAUUGGUGGUUUCCCAAAGGAUUUUCUGA